CAAGUGACUUAAUGACACCUCUGUUUCAUUUCAGCUUUUUCUUGGAGAAGAAUAUGUUUGUUUUCUUCUUGAACAUCUUGCGUCAGAAGUCUGGUCGUUAUGUGUGUGUACAGCUUCUGCAGACUCUGAACAUCCUUUUUGAGAACAUCAGUCAUGAAACAUCACUGUACUACCUGCUCUCUAAUAACUAUGUAAAUUCUAUUAUUGUCCACAAGUUUGACUUUUCUGAUGAGGAGAUAAUGGCAUAUUACAUAUCAUUUUUGAAAACUCUUUCCAACAAUCAUACUGUACAUUUCUUUUAUAAUGAGCACACUAAUGACUUUGCGUUGUACACUGAAGCUAUAAAAUUUUUUAACCACCCAGAAAGUAUGGUCAGGAUUGCUGUCAGGACUAUAACUUUAAAUGUCUACAAAGUGUCAUUGGACAACCAACCUAUGCUGCAUUACAUUAGAGAUAAAACUGCUGUCCCUUAUUUCUCCAACCUCGUCUGGUUUAUUGGAAGCCACGUGAUAGAACUGGAUAACUGUGUGCAGACUGAUGAAGAGCAUAGAAACAGGGGCAAACUGAGUGACCUGGUAGCAGAACAUCUUGAUCAUUUACAUUACCUUAAUGAUAUUCUUAUCAUUAAUUGUGAAUUUUUAAAUGAUGUGCUGACAGACCAUCUACUUAAUAGGCUCUUUCUUCCCCUCUACGUGUAUUCAUUAGUUAAUCAAGAUAAGGGUGGAGAGCGUCCAAAAAUAAGUCUCCAAGUUUCUCUCUAUCUUCUUUCUCAAGUUUUUCUAAUUAUACAUUACGCCCCUUUGGUGAACUCGUUGGCUGAGGUUAUACUUAAUGGUGACCUCUCGGUGUUUUCUUCUAAAGUUGAACAAGAUAUACAGAAAAACUCAGCAAAGUCAAGUAUCAGAUGUUUCAUAAAACCAACAGAAACGCUUGAGAGAUCUCUUGAAAUUAACAAACAGAAGGGGAAGAAGAGGGUGCAGAAAAGACCCAACUAUAAAAAUGUUGGUGAAGAAGAUGAAGAGGAGAGAGGAUCUGAAGAUAACCAAGAUGACCUAGAUAAAAGUAAAGGUACAGAAGCGAGUUCAAAGGGCAUCAGAACAAGCAGUGAAAAUGAAGAAAUAGAGAUGGUAAUCAUGGAGAGAUGUAAACUGUCAGAACUGUCUAUGUCUACUGUGACAGAACAGAAUACAACAGAUGAAGAAAAGAGUGCAGCUGCCUCUGGGAGUGAGAUAACAAACUGGAACAGGCCUUUUCUUGAUAUGGUCUAUAAUGCACUGGACUGUGCUGAAGAUGAUUACUAUGCCCUCUUUGUGCUCUGUCUUCUAUAUGCAAUGUCACAUAACAAAGGAAUUGACCCAGUCAAGCUUGAGAGAAUUCAACUUCCAGGUCAACAUGCUGAAGAGAGAAAUUCAUAUAAUCAUGUACUUGCAGAAGGGCUCAUCAGGAUAAUGAAUUAUGCUGCACAACCAGAUGGAAAAAUCCGUUUGGCAACUUUAGAACUUGGCUGCCUGUUGCUGAAGCAGCUUGUGUUUUCUAAAAAUAGCUGCAUCAUAAAAGAUGUUCACCUUGCUUGCCUUGAGGGUGCAAGGGAAGAAAGUGUUCAUCUCCUUCGUCGUUUCUAUAAGGGAGAAGAAAUUUUUCUGGAUAUGUUUGAAGAUGAAUACCGAAGUAUGACGAUUAAACCCAUGAAUGUAGAAUAUUUGAUGAUGGAUGCCUCAAUCUUGUUGCCUCCGACGGGGACACCACUGACUGGUAUUGAUUUUGUGAAAAGAUUGCCUUGUGGAGAUGUGGAAAGAACACGAAGAGCAAUCAGAGUUUUCUUUAUGCUCCGUUCACUAUCACUGCAUUUGCGAGAUGAGCCAGAAACUCAGUUACCACUCACAAGGGAGGAAGAUCUGAUAAAGACAGAUGAUGUUCUUGACUUGA